AUGGUUGUCUUCAGCAAGGUCACCGCUAUUCUCGCGGGUCUUACAGCCAUCGCAUCGGCUGUGCCUGUCGAGAACACCCGCAAAGGCUUCACUAUCAACCAGGUCGCCAAAAAGGCCACCAAGGCCAAGUCCAUCAAUUUGCCUGGCAUGUACGCCAGUGCCCUGGCCAAGUACGGUGGUACCGUUCCCGCUUCUGUCAAGGCUGCUGCUUCCAGUGGGUCUGCUGUGACCACUCCCCAGGGCAACGACGAGGAGUACCUUACCCCCGUCAGCGUUGGCGGCAGCACCUUGAAUCUAGACUUUGAUACCGGUUCCGCAGACCUUUGGGUUUUCUCUUCCGAGCUCCCCUCGUCGGAGCAGACUGGUCACAGUCUGUACACUCCCAGCAAGAACGGCAAGAAGAUUUCCGGUGCUACUUGGUCGAUCUCUUACGGCGAUGGAAGUUCUGCCAGCGGUGAUGUGUACAAAGAUACUGUAGCCGUCGGUGGCGUCACUGCCACCAGCCAGGCCGUCGAGGCCGCCGCGACUAUCAGCUCGCAGUUCGUUCAGGACACCGCCAACGACGGCCUGUUGGGUCUGGCUUUCAGCUCCAUCAACACUGUCAAGCCCACUGCGCAAACCACAUUCUUUGACACCGUCAAGUCGCAGCUCGACUCGCCUCUGUUUGCUGUGACCCUGAAGCACAACGCCCCCGGUACCUAUGACUUCGGCUACAUCGACAGCUCCAAGUACACCGGCACCCUGGCCUACGCCCCCGUCGAUAGCUCCCAGGGCUUCUGGAGCUUCACUGCCGAUAGCUACUCCAUUGGUAGCACCACUGGCUCCUCAAUCACCGGAAUUGCUGACACUGGCACCACCCUGCUCCUCCUCGAUGACAGCGUUGUUUCCGACUACUACAGCCAAGUCUCCGGCGCCCAGAAUGAUUCCUCCGCUGGUGGCUACACCUUCGAUUGCUCCAGCACUCUGCCCGACUUCUCCGUGACCAUCUCUGGCUACACCGCCGUGGUACCCGGCUCACUGAUUAACUUUGCUCCUGUUUCCGACGGCAGCUCCACCUGCUUCGGUGGUAUCCAGAGCAACUCUGGCAUCGGCUUCUCCAUCUUCGGUGAUAUCUUCCUCAAGAGCCAGUAUGUCGUUUUCGACAGCAAUGGACCUCAGCUUGGUUUCGCCGCCCAGGCGUAA